AUGGGAGACCUGGUUUGCGGGUUUGAGGAAAUGCAAGGAGUGAGACUGGGAUACCUGCUCAUCAAAGGGAAGCAAAUGUUUGCUUUGUCUCAGGUCUUCACCGACCUGCUGAAGAACAUCCCUCGGACUACGGUGCACAAGCGCAUGGACUACCUGAAGGUGAAGAAGCACCAGUGCGACCUGGAGGAGCUUCGGAAGCUCAAGGCAAUAAACUCCAUCGCUUUCCACGCCGCUAAGUGUACACUUAUAUCGCGGGAGGACGUGGAGGCUCUGUACGUCUCCUGCAAGACGGAGCGGGUGUUGAAGUCAGCGAAGAAGAGGAGAGCGACAGCGGCUUGCCCUCGCGUGGACGCUGACGAGGAGGUACAUGUGCCCUCGGGUGUCCUGCGCGCGGACGCGGAGCUGAUGUGGAAGGAAAAAGUUUGGUUCAGUUUGCACGGCGUCCCGGAGAAUCUCGCGCUGCACGGCAGAAAGGGGAGGAGGAGGGAGCUGAGUCCUUCUUCUUGUCAUACCGACGCCAAACUACCUCAAUUUUACCACAAAGCCCACGGACGGGAUUGCCGCUGGACGACCAAAUCCGGCCGCAAACACGUCAAAAACUAUGAAACUGAGGAAUUUACAGGGAACAGAUUCGCUGUGAGCCAAAGGCACGCGUUUUUCCGGCAGCCGGUCUUGUUUCAGUCCGCCGCCGCAGCAGCUCAGUCGAGGCUCUUGCGCUCAGCCGGCGACUCGCUCCACAAAAGGAAGAGGAGGCGCGAGGGGGGCGGCAGGAGCAAACACGUGCAUCUGCACGCGCCGCCGGUGCUGCUAGUCCAGCCCAAAUCCUCUGGAGCUUCUUUCGGCGCUUUCCACCUCACUCCGGAUUUCUAUCUGGACCCGCGACCUCACCACCAUCACCACCACCACCAUCACCACCACCACCACCACCACCACAACAGCAGCAGCAGCAACAACGAGCCCGGCUUCGCGGAGAGCUACAGCAGCGACACCGAAUCCUGCAGCACAUACUCGGACCCGCAGGGCCAGGACUCGGACUUCGGCUCCGGGUUCUCCAGCAGCAGCAGCAGCUCCGAGGAGGAGGAGGAGGACGACACCCAGUCGGAGAGCUCAGAGGUCAGCUCUGAUGAAGAUGAGGAGAGCUCCACUCAGUCCGACUCGAGCUCCGUCUCCAGCCGCGUUUCGGUCCAAAGCAUCCGGUUCAGACGUGCACGGGUGGGUCUGCACACCGGGAAAGCACCUUUGGUCCUGCAGCCCACCUUCCACUACAACAACCAGCAGCAGCACAGGACGCUGAGUCAGGGCGACAUCAGGCAGGACAAACAUCAAAAGUGUUACUUUGGUGAACCACGGAAGGGCUCUUUACAGUUAAACCCGGCGGCUAACGGCAGCAUUUUCACCGAGCCGGCAAAAGAAAAAGCGUUCGACCCAAACAGCACCGAGGAGGAGCCGGUCCCUUAUUCCCCGGGGCUCGAGCCGAACAAGGCCUCUCUCCCGGCCUCAUUCAGGUCCCGGGGGUUCAGCGCACACGAUGACCCCGGAAAGAACAGAAAAUGCGUCGACAAGCGGGAGAAGCUGAAACCGAGCACCCCGCCGAAAAGGAUAAAGACCGAGUGCGAGGAGCCCCACGCAGCCGCGUCCCCCGACCCCGACAGCUGCAGGACAGCCUUCAAUCUCAGCAACGUGAAAAUAAAAGUUGAGGAAAGCUGCGAUGAAUAUGAGUACCUGCAGAGCCACACCGCUGCGGUCAAAUGUAAAGGAGAUAAGGCGGAUCUCAGCGGAGCCAUCAAACAUGGAGGCUUUUCCAGCAGCGGGAUUAAAGCCGCGGAGAAAAGCCCCGACGUGGCCCCCAGGUCCCCCUCCGGUCCUCAGGAAUGCAGGAGUAACCAGGACGCCCCCAGCGCAGAGGAGGGGGAGCAGAGAAACAAAACCUGCAGGGCUCCGGGGCGGGAGGCAAAGAAACCCCGAUUUUCCCGGACGCACACAAAACAAAACGUGCCUAGAGCCAACGAGGCUCCCUCUUCCUCUUCCUGCUCCUCAUCUUCUUCGUCGUCCUCCACCGCGGAGGAUUUACGGAGCAGACGCAAACGCAGCACCGCCAGCAGCUCGGCAGCAGCAGUAGCAGCGUCUUCUCCGGCAAAAACGCCUUUCACCCUGAUGGCGAAUUUCCCAUCCCCGCCGUCGCUCGUCGUUGACAGCAGCGGGGAUUUGUGCCCUGCUUACUCACUGAGCUCGCUGAGGGGAGCCGGGCCUCCUCCUCCGUCCCACCCCGUGUGGAAGUGGCAGCCAGGCGGCCAGAUUCUCCCUCCCCCACUGCACACUCAGAGAACCAGGAAAUAUUGAGCUGAGACACACACAAAAACGUCCCAACUAUGUCAAUUUCCACGUAUCCUGUGUUUUAAGGUGCUCACCCUUUUUGCCUUUAUUUGUUUUAUUUUUCAAACUUUUUUUUCCUUAUCUGGGAUUUACAUUCCGUUUUUAUGCCCCCCUCCCCUCACUUCCCUGAAGAAAAGCCACAAGAUCCCACUUGAAGCCUCCACAGGACUGUGAGACACAUCUCGUGGAUUAAUGCCUGAAAACCUCUUUUCAAAAUAAGCUAUUCAAUCUAAGCAAUAUGUUUUGCUCCCUUAUCUUUUUUUUUUUUUGGCGUAAUCUUCUUUGUCGGUUUUCCUGGUUUGCUCGACCUGUUGGAUUGACUGGUAGCAGGGUUUCAGAGGGUUUGCUCUUUGUUUAAAAAAAAAAAGUGAUUUUAAAAAUAACAUUAAUCCAAGAAUCCUUUGGAUGAGGCAACCGCAGGGACUGUUUCUCUUUGUAAAUAAAGAACAGACACAAUAUCAGGGUUUCCAAUUAUGUGCCACCUGGUAUGUUUUCUAAUAAAUCAGCGCUGUGUUUUUCUGUCUUUUUUUAUUAUUAAUAUUAUGAUGGCCAAAAUAGUCCACGUCAACUGUGAAAAAACAAAACAGAAAAACUUGACUAUUAUUUCAAUUUUACUUUAAUUUAAUUGUGUUUUUGUUGUUGUUGUUGUUUUUUGUUGUUGUUCAAAACAAAAUGUAUUCUUGUGGACCUUAUUUUGGGGUGCUUGAGAUUUUCAGUUAUUUGUCAGAAGUUUUGCAAACGUGUGACACUAUAAACAAAGAACAAGCCUUAUGUAAUCGGACAAUCAAAAAUAAGAACAUUCGUGGACUACCCCCCUCCUACUAACCUCCCCUCCAAAAUAAGGUCCCAGGACAAUACCAUAUUCAAGUCACUCCGAGUCCAUCUGGCAUACACAAGACCUUUGGGUCAGGCUGGGUGCGUCUGGUGUGUUUCACGUGGUACAUAAUGGGAGGGGAACGCAAGCGUGUCCAAAGUGGGUUAACAGUGGUACACCUUGUAAUCACUCCGGCUAGAAACAAUGCGACGAAAGCAAAGGUUUGAAGACACCGUUUGGCGUCGUGUUUCAGCUGUAUAUUUAGGACUAAAGCAGAAAAUAGUAAUCAUUAUUGUUAUUAUUACUAUGAAAAAAAAAAAUCUAAAUCAUACAUGUUUAUAUAGGGGAAAUGAUUUGACUGUGUGUGCUUCUGGAGACAAAAAUAUUGCAAAAUUACGGAUGGAUUCUGUUGCUGGGUGUUCGCCCACCAAAACUAGGUUCAGUUUAUAAUUAUCCUGCCUUUAUUUUACUAAUAAUGUCUUGUUUUUAUUUUAUUUUUUAAGAAAAGCAAAGAUGCAGCGCAGGAAUUUUUAACCCCGUACCCACUCACCUCUCGCUCUCCUAAAAAAAAAAAAAAACAUAAACAACAACAUAAACAACGCAGUUUUAGGUUUUGUGAAACGUUGCGUUCCUAAUGUGCAAAAAACGCAUCCUGAACGUAGCCUCUCAACAUGGCCGCUCUGACAUGCUCCACGUUCGCCCCGUCCGGUGUGUGUACAUACCUUCAAAAUGAAGCGGGGCUGACAUUUGCACCGACACGCAGGCAUUGUUUUUUUUUUUUUUUUUUCGCAAGUGAAUGUGUCCACGGCCUUCGUGGCAGUUGCAGGACGCGCUCUGCUAAUUGGCAUGCUUUUCUGUCCCGCCACAAAAGAGAGGCCCCGGCGGCUUAUAUGGUGAGGCAGAUCACAACAAACCCCCAAAGCCAGUGAAUGAUGUCAGCCCUCCUCACGAGCAACCAGCAGAAAGAAGAGAAAGGGAGGAUGUGAGGUGUGAGGGGGGCACUCACUUGUAGAAUGAUUGUUUAAAAAGAAAAUGAAAAGGAAAGGAGAAAGGAAGAGAAGUGUAAAAAAAAAGUGCGUUUAAAAUAACUUGUGUAUACAUAUUGUAGAUGUCAGUGACACACACACACACACACACACACACACACACACACACACACACACACACACACACACACACACACACACACACACACACACACACACACAACUCACCACAGGCCUUGUGUCCGAGGCUGGAGCUACUCCAACUAAAACUUGAACUUUUAGAUGUUCUCAGUCUGUCUUUGACUCUGUGUGUCACAGGCUUGUCCCAUGCUGCACCGCUCCAUGUCAUUCUACACGGGCAUGACUGUCGCAGUAAGACGGAGGGAGGCGUCGCUGCAUGCGUUCCGAGCACAUAUAGGCUGCACGGCGCAGGAAGGAGCGGGAUACCAUUCGCAACGCAAAGCGGCGGCCUCAUUUCCACGCACAAACCGCGCAUAAGUGGUGGUUUUCUGGGGAGGGGGAGUUAGCGUGUGUGUGCGCGUGUGUGUUUGUGUGUGUGUGUGUGCGCGCGCGUGAGUGUGAGCUUCAUCCAUGCCCUCCUCACCCAUCCAGCUGGUUUGACAUGUUACAAUACUUGAGGUCAGGUGUUUUUUUUUUUUUUUUUGUUGACGCGGAUGUUUUUUUAAGUCACUGGCUGUUUAUAUAUUAUUAUAUGAAACUGAAUAUUUAUUUUUGUGAAUUUUUUAUGGGAGGGGGAUGGGGGGGUUCUUGUACAUUCAUUCUUUGUUGUGAAUACAGAACAACUGCACUCGCAAUGGAAACUUGAACUGUGGUUUUCUGAAGCACUUUCCCUUUCUAUUCUUCUUUUUUGUUUGUUGGUUUUUUCCCUGUUAAUUAUGGAACCUUCAUUAAACGGGACUGAGUGUGAUCACCA